AUGGGCGCCCUCAAUCGACGCUUGAGAGAUUUGGAAGGCAAUCCGCUUAUUCCAUCCCUUCCUGAGGUUCUACCAGCCAUCAAGACUCGACUUGCCAAGGCUCUUCCGAAGAUGGUGUCUCUCGUUGAGCUGUCCAUUACACAUCGUAAGGACGUCGAUAUAUCCGGCCUACGAGCGACCUUCCAGCGCCAUGAAGUUACUCUUCCCACGGUCCUACGUCUACGCAUUCUGUCACAUGGCGACUGGUCAUUCCUGGUGGAGGCCUGUCCUAACACCGAAACACUGGCUCUUGAGUACAACCUUGGUCACGAUGAUCUGAUGGAGACAGUAGCAACUCUCAAGAGAUUGAAACUUGUCGAAAUUUGCUGUGACGCGUGGCAACUGGAAGACAUACAACGCUUGCACCAGUAUUUACCAGAUCUCCAGAGCUUGGUCUUGAGAGGCGCAAUCGGCCAUGAACAGAUCAGUAGUUUCGCAACCGCUUUCGGCUUGUUUCAGAGGCUCACCGAUCUCUCCAUUACUGCCAGGCAAGAGAUCACCGAUGAAGAUGAGGAAGAGCAGUUCUCCGAUGACGAUUCAGGAGAUGGCAGCGCCGUUGGGGAUAUGUAUUGGGAACAUGAGCUCGACGAAGAGCAAAGUUUCGUAGCUAGGAGUUUCUUCGAACACUGCCAUGUACUCGAAACGCUGUCCCUGGUGCGCGUUGGCGAGACCACGCCGUGGUACCCCGUACGUGGAAACGAUGGAGCUCUCGAGUCGGUUUACUCUCCACAAAUGGACCGCCGGGCGUGGAAUGAUACCUACAUGCUGGAAAGACAGGAGCACGAUGACGAGGGCUUCCCUAGGCUCUUCACCUUUCGCCGACAAACCGAGUACGACGAAAGCUGGGAUAAUCCUAGUUAUGGGGAUCAGAGUCGUGAGGCCACGGAGCACAGGGUAAGUGGAACCAUUCUGUAA